AUGGUUAGUUCAGGUACCUGUCAGCAACAAGGACACUUUACAUUAAAUGGGAUGCACCAGGAUGGAGACUUUGUCAUUGGUGGUCUUUUUGAGAUUCAGAGGUACCUGAAAGUAUACCCUGAGAUAAGUUUCAGAACGCAGCCAAAUCUACCAAACUGUGAACUCUUUUACAUGACAAGCUUCCAGCAGGCAUUAACAAUGGUUUUUGCCAUCAGUGAGAUUAAUAGCAAUCCCAACCUGCUGCCUAACAUCACACUUGGUUACCAGAUCUAUGACAACUGUUUAAGGCUUGGAGUGGCAUUUCGGGCAGCUACAGCUCUGAUAAGUGGGACAGAAGAGACCAUCUCUGACCUCAACUGUAAAGGCCCACCACCAGUUAUUGGACUCAUAGGUGAUCCAGGAUCUACACAUUCUAUUGCAAUUUCCAGUGUUCUGGGGCUUUUUCGGCUGCCUAUGAUUAGCUACUACGCCACUUGCUCUUGUUUAAGUGACAAGAAAAAGUACCCCUCCUUCUUCAGAACAAUUCCAAGUGAUACCUUCCAGGUGCGAGCUAUGGUUCAGACCUUGAGGCAUUUUGGCUGGACCUGGGUUGGUCUGAUUUACAGUAAUAAUGACUAUGGUAUCUACGCAGCUCAGUCCUUUCAUCAAGAAAUGCAGUUGUUUGGACAUUGUGUUGCUUUUUCUGAAAUCCUGCCCCAAGAUAACAACCCCAGAGUUAUUGAUCACAUUAUGGGAGUAAUUCAGGCCUCUACAGCUAGAGUAGUGGUUGUUUUUUCAGCUUCAUCUGUAUUGAUACCUUUAAUGAAUGAGGUGGUGUUACAGAAUUUGACAGGCAGGCAGUGGAUAGCGAGUGAAGCCUGGGUCACCUCAGCUGUAUUUCGCACACCAUAUUUCCAGCCCUUUCUAAAAGGAACGUUGGGCAUUGCUAUUAGGCGUGGAGAAAUCCAGGGCCUUCAUAGUUUUCUGUUACGUCUUCAUCCCAAGAGUGACCAAAGAAAUAAUAUAGUGAGGAUAUUCUGGGAGACCAUGUUCGGGUGCAGUUUUGAAACUGGGGAUGAAGUGACAUUUGUUCAACAAAUGAAAAAGGUGUGUACAGGACAGGAGGACCUGAGCAUCACAAACACACCUUACACUGAUGUUUCAGGAUUGAGAGCACCUUAUAAUGUGUAUAAAGCAGUUUAUGCCCUGGCCCAUGCACUUCAUGACCUGAUGCAGUGUAAAGAGAAGAGAGGACCACUCAGUGAGAACAGCUGUGCUGACAUAACUGAUCUAAAACCCUGGCAGCUGGUUCCCUACCUAAAAAAAGUGAAUUUUACCACAGGCUUUGGGGAUCCUGUGUCAUUUGACAAUAAUGGAGAUGCUCUUGCCAUUUAUGAUGUUCUGAACUGGCAGCCGAGCUCUGAAGAAUCAAUUAAACUUCACACUAUUGGUGUAGUAAAUGAUGAGGUGGCAACAGGAAUGGCCCCACGGUCUGUGUGCAGUGAGAGCUGUCCCCCAGGCACCAGAAAAGCCAUGAGGAAGGGCUUUCCUGUCUGCUGUUUUGACUGCCUGACAUGUGGAGAUGGUGAAAUUUCUAACACAACAGAUGCUAUUAAGUGCACAGUUUGUCCAGAUGAAUUUUGGUCCAAUUUUAAUAAAGAUCAGUGUGUUCCUAAAGAAAUAGAGUUUCUAUCAUAUGAAGAUCCUCUAGGCAUCUCUCUGACCACUGCAUCCUUGCUAGGAACCUGCUUCUGUGCUCUUGUGAUGAUAAUCUUUACUUUUCACCGUAACACUCCUAUAGUACGUGCCAACAAUUCAGAGCUCAGCUUCCUGCUGCUUUUGUCACUCAAACUGUGUUUCCUGUGUGUGCUGCUGUUCAUUGGUCAGCCACAGUUGUGGACGUGUCAAUUAAGACAUGCUGUGUUUGGCAUAAGUUUUGUCUUGUGCAUCUCCAGCAUUCUGGUCAAGACUAUGGUGGUGAUAGCUGUGUUCAACUCCUCUCGGCCGGAGGGCACAGGAGCAAUGAAAUGGUUUGGAGCAGCUCAACAAAGAUGUACAGUUCUAGUCCUCACAGCCCUCCAAGUAGUAAUAUGUGCUGUCUGGCUAUCAACUUCUCCUCCAACACCACAUAAAAAUAGCCAGUAUGUCCGCUCUAAAAUAGUCUAUGAAUGUGCCAUUGGCUCAGUGGCUGGGUUUUCUUUGCUGCUGGGAUAUAUAGGAUUGUUGGCAGCAAUAAGCUUUCUACUAGCCUUCCUGGCAAGAAAUCUUCCAGAUAAUUUUAAUGAGGCAAAGUUUAUCACUUUUAGCAUGUUAAUCUUCUGUGCUGUAUGGAUUGCAUUUGUUCCAGCAUAUGUGAGCUCUCCAGGAAAAUAUGCAGUGGCUGUGGAGAUAUUUGCUAUCGUAGCUUCUAGUUUUGGAGUGCUGGUGGCCAUAUUUGCCCCAAAGUGUUACAUAAUCAUUUUACAUCCAGAAAGAAACACUAAAAAAGCCAUCAUGGGAAGAGAAACCAAAAAUAAUUAA